CUAAGCUUCACCUGGCUCCUCUCCAGACCUCGGUGACACAGCGGGAAAACAAAGAGACAAGAUAGAGACGGAUUUGACCUGCCUACUCACCUGCACCAUGACAGCUUUGGAGAAGGAGUGACUCCAGCACAAUAUCUCAGGUCGUAGUUCAAGAUGAUGCAACGGAUUCUCCACGACAUGUACGUGGAGCCAGAACUGCUGGCCGAGCUGAACGAGGAACAAAAGCAGAUCCUCUUCUACAAGAUUCGUCAGGAGCAGGUCCGGCGCUGGACGGAGUGUGAGGCGAAAGAAGAAAGCUCGGAGAAGACAUCGUCUUCAUCGUUGAGAGAAGGUGAGAGAAAGGGAGUGCAGUGGCUCCGUGGCACUGAUGGUGAUGUGUGGGUGUGGGUGAUGGGUGAAGGUCCUGGAGAUAGACCAUACGAGCAGAUCGUCAAAGGGCUGAUGGAGGAGAAAGCGCGAAGGCAGGCCCAGCUCGAGGCUCAGGAGCUGUGGCGAAAAAAAGAAGCCGAGAUCAAGCAGAAGUUCAGGGACGCCAUCGCUAAAGAGAAGGCACGUUUAGUAGCCGGGAAGUGGAAAGAGGAAGCAGAGGACCGGAAGGCUGCCAAGCAGGAAGAAGAGCGCAUCCAGGCGGAGCUAAAGAAACGUGAGGAAGAAGAGAGGCAGAUGGGAGAAGAAGAGGUUCGUUGUGCUGAGGAGAAGCGAGCGAAAGAGCUGUACGUGUCGCUGCAGCAGGAGCAAAGACAAAGCGAACACGAUGACAAGGAGUGGGAAGAACAGCUGCAGCGCUCUAAGGUGGCAGAUGAGGAGAUGAUGAGGAGAGCACGCUGGGCGAGGGACGAGUACAAGCGCCAGUCCAUCCGGGCCAUGGAGAAAGGCCAUUUCAAGCAGCAAAUCCCCGUAAGCAGGAGACAUAGCGCGAUCGGAACAGAGCCAUCAGACAAAUCUCAGGAUAACGUCCCGCCUUGUGGUAAAGAGCGUCCUCGAGCCGGGCUCCAGCCUGCAGAACCCCCGCUGUACCGCCGGAGGCAGAGUCGCAGACACAGCGGCACCGCAGCGCAUCCGCUCAUGGACAGCCCUGCCUGGGUUCGUGCUCCUCGUCCCAGCUCUAGAGAAUCGCUCAUACUGUGGUUCAACGAGGACCAGAAGCCGAAGAGGGCCGGAUACGAACGGACGAGCAACACCGUCGCCACAUGGUUUCAUGGAAUAAUUUCACGUGAGGACUCAGAGAUGUUACUGAUGAACAAAGCUGAAGGCUCCUUCCUGGUGCGAGUCAGCGAGAGAAUCUGGGGUUACAUUCUGUCAUAUCGCACAGCCACCAGCUUCAAACACUUCCUGAUUGAUGCCUCGGGGGAUUAUUACAGUUUUCUAGGAGUGGACCAGAACCGUCACGCUACUCUCGCUGACCUCAUCGACUUUCACAAGGAGGAAGUCAUUACCACCACUGGAAAGGAGCGGUUAAAGGAGGCGUGCAGGCAGAUGGCGCCCCCUGGAGACUACGGAGGACUUUUUCCAUAA